GACAAUCGUAAAUAUAAAAUCUCUUAAAGCGUAGAAGAUAGCUGAGCAUUUUUUUGCUUUCUAACCCCAUUCAGAAAAGGUUUCCUAAAACAAAAUCUUAUAACAUUUUAUGUAUAUAUGUUAUUCCGUUUCAAACAUGAAAAGUGGAGCUGCAUUAAUUUAUUUUCUUUGUGAAAUUUCAUUGAUUGGGAAAAUAGCAGAGGCUUAUGAAAAUCUUGCUUUAAGGAAACCAACAUGGCAGCAGCAUUGGUAUACAUACAAAUAUUCAUAUCCACCGGAUAAAGCCGUGGAUGGGAAGUUUUCAAGCCGGUCUCCAUAUGGAGGACAAUGUACAGUAUCUGGCAAUUAUAAAAGAACUGCAACCUGGCGUGUGGAUCUAGGAAAAUUUCUUAACAUACAUCAUAUUACUAUCUACUACAGGACGGACAACCUUCCAUGGGGCCCUGACAAUGGAUACACAACCCGAUUCCUAGGAUUUUCGCUUUUUAUAUCAAACACAACCAACAAAGAUGACGGUUAUUUAUGUUUUAAAGACACAAACUACACUAGAGACACGAUACCGAGUAAUAUUACAAUAGAAUGUAUAAAGCAUGGACGGUACGUCAUCUAUUACAAUGAGAGACUCCCAGGAGUUACCUACCCUGAUGGAUAUUCUACAUACGCGUACAAUGAACUCUGUGAAGUCCAGGUUUAUGGAUGCCCUUCCUUUGUUAUUUUCGGAGAGAAUUGUACAUUUCCGUGUCCGCAGACUUGUCGUGAAGAACGCUGUAGCAUUGUGGACGGGACUUGUUUUGGAUGUAUUGCCGGGCAGAAAGGCUCACGAUGUGAACAAUUUUGUGACGGUGGUAAAUUCGGACAAAAUUGUGCUCACUCAUGCGGGCUUUGCUUCGGAAAUGAACAAUGUCAUCACAUUAACGGGUCAUGCUUGAACGGAUGCGAUAGAGGUUACUAUGGAGACAGAUGUACACAAGCGUGUUCUGAAGGGUGGUAUGGAUACAACUGCCUAGACAUGUGUGACGUCAAUUGUGGAGAGCGGACAAGAUGUGACAGGAAAACAGGGCAAUGUCAAAAUGGCUGCCAGGCAGGGUGGAAGGAUACAAAAUGUGACAAGAAAUGCGACGGAGGUAAAUUUGGACUAAACUGUGCUCAGUCAUGCGGGGUUUGUCUUGAUAAAGAACAAUGUCAUCUCAAUUACAUAGGAAAACCCUGUCAAAUGAUGUUGAUCUGUCAAGCUUUGCACUCAGCAGAGUGCCUUACAUAUCACUUACUUAAUAAAGAAACUGCCGGGAUGAAUUUUUAUCAUCCACACAAAAAUUCGGCUUUUAUCUUUGCUCCAUUCACGAAGACCCCUGCUGACCCUGCUCGUAAAACAAACUGCGCAUCCCUGACCGAGGUCAAAGUAGCCGAAGAUGUCGGAGGAGAAGAGAUCAACACGUGGGAGAAAACGAUCUUUAACAGAUUCAGCAAGAAAACUGAAACAGAACUUCAGUUGUGUCAAAAUACAAUCAAAGCAGAAUAG